CUAGCCUCAGGCAGUUUAUUCUUGCGUGACUCGGGGCGGAUGGCGUUAGUAUUUUGUUUUUUGCUAUCCACCAUGCGGCCAUUGUCGAUUCGAAAGAAUACAAUAAAAAUAUACACAACCAGCACGCCGAACACACUAGCCAUACAUACAGACGGGAUCAUUGAGCAGCAGGAGAAUUUUGUGUGUAAAUUUGAUAUCACGCUCUAGGUUCUCAACUCACGCAAUUCGUUACUCACGAUCUCAACCUUGCCCCCAAAAAUGACUUCAUGACUAUGGUUGUGUCGGCUUGUUUUACGCGAAUAGCAAUAAUGAUGGAACCCACCAUAGCCAUGUCACCCCACAGAGAGCAUGUUCAUAGGCUGCCAAGUUUGAACAAUCUUCUGGAAUCGGAGGUCAUCUUGGGUGACGAUGAAGGGUCUUCCUGUGAUGGGGAGGACAGUGAAAUGCACUCCGCUUUGGAGGAUCUCAGUGAGACCAACACUGCUGAUCUCAAAUUCCACGACUGUAGCCUGACUUCCAGCAUUGCUGAUUCUGCCGUCUUGAUUGAGCCAGAUGUCCAGCCAGAUAUGAGCAGGCUCUCUCUGUCACAAUCGUAUUAUAAACCAGAGGAAGAAAUGAGCAGACUUUCUCUUUCUCAAUCGUACUACAAACCUGAUGAGCCUUCCAUUACUAGAAGUAUGUUGCCAAGAAGCAGCAGCACUCUGUCCAGCCGGACAUCUUCCAGCUCCAGAUCCAGGGAUCAACAGAGGCUAAUGGCACCUCGUUCAAGCUACACUGAUAACACGAGCUCUAGCAAAGGUCGAUAUUCUUCGCCUUCCCCGUUUGCCACCCGGCGAACUGUGUCUGUAUCAGGCCCACAUAGCCAACCUACUACUCCAUCAACGAUACGAAAACCACCAUCUUGUUCUCCUUCUUCUUCACGACCCGCAGUCCCGCCUAAGCCGAUUGGACUGACCCGUCAACCCUCCACUCUCAAGGCAAAAACACCAGAAAGUCCCAUGACUCCCAGACGCAGUAGUAGCGUCAUUUCUACCAGCACCAAUUCUCCGGCAGCAAAGUCGUUUCUAGCUUCUGGUAAACAGCCUUCCGUCAUCCGAUCCAAUAAGCCAGUGACGCCCACCAAACCAUCGACGCCCCCUAAGCGACCGGACGAAAGAUUCGCCACUCUUGGUCGUCGGCCCAAACUCAGUUCGCCAGUUAUAUCGAUGUCGAUGAGUGGUGGUACUUCCAUGGAAAUCACAGCUGCAGCUCGCGAGACAAAAGCCACAGCAGACAAAUUUGCCACUUUGCCUCGCCGAAAACCGACCAAGGAUCGACCUUGUCUUCCAAAACCGGUACGAGAACCCGAACCAGUUUCCAGCAUUCGAAUGGACGGUGGAGCUACUCUGCCACGACCCAUGAAGAAGUUGAGCAGCCCAACUUUGCCGGGCCCAAUUAUGAAACCGCGUACAGUAAUUUACAUGGAGAAAUCUGCUCAGACUGAAAUGUCUCAUAAAGAUGUUCGAGAGGGGCAAGAAGCUUGCCAUAAACUUCGAAGCUUAUCGUGGCAGCAGCAGAACAAUGAGGAAGCUCGUCAACUGGAACGAAUGCUCAUGCAGAGCAAAGAUGAAGCUGAAUUGCUUCAACAAGAGUUGGACGAAGAACGGGAAGAGCGACAGAUUGUCCAACGGGAAUUGGAAAAAACCACUCAACGCGUAGCGGCUAUGCUGGAUUCUAUGGAAGGUGUCGAGCGAGAAUUUCACACUCGCGGUGACUCGCUUAUUCAUCUGGAGACCAAUCUGCAGACUUCGUCGCAAACCAUUUCGGUUUUACAAGAACAGUUGGAGGCGCAGGAUGCAGCGCUGAUCGCCCAACGUUUGGAACUCGACAGAAGCCUUCAAGCUGAAAAAGCACUCUUGCAACAGAUCCAGGAAAGCGAAUCAGAGAACCGUGAGAUGAUGGAUUUCUUGCAAGCAGAAAAACUCGCCUUGCACGAAGCCGUUCGUGACUCUGAAUCCGAAAUGGGCUUGCUGAAAUCCCAACUUGCCGACGCCCAACGACUCUUGUUGCUUAAAGAAGAAGAGUGCCAACAUCUUGUUCGGUUAGCAGAGCAAAGACGACAUGAACUUGCUGCUCUGCAAGCCGAAUUGAAAGGAGCUGAAGGACGUACGGGCUCUGUUCUGCUGGCCCAAGGAGCUCAGCUUUCGGCAGCAGCUUUAGAUCUAGUUAAGCUGCACUCACGCAUGGACGGACUUCUUCAAAUAAUUUUGCAAAGUCACACCUUACCCCGUGCUGAACUAGAAGCAUUAGUCUUCCCUAAUGAGACUUUUAAGGAAGAGAGUUCAAAUAUUUCCGCUGAGCUGCCGAAUCUGAUCGAAUUCUCGACAAUGUCAGCUGAUCUAGAAAAUGAUACUAAUGAAACUGAAACUGACAAUUCUCAAAUGCCUGAACAAACACAGCCGAUUCAGCGGCUUGUCGGAAGCACCAGCCUACAGGAUCUGAGUGACGCCAUCAAUCUCACUCGUCGUCGUCCACCUGAAGGCCGCGAAGAACCCAACCCAGUAAUAGAUGAAGAGUUGCGCUUAGCCGCCUCCCUGGUCGACCAAAUCGAAGAAACCGAUCAUGUUCUGUCGAAGCUGUUGCGAGUUCUGCGGCGUUUGAUUCUGGAUAAAGAUUCUACCAUGCAUCAACUAAAUGACGAAAGAGAGCAACUAUUGGCAAGCCUUAACGCUCAGACUGUAGCUUUGCUCGAAGCCAAGGAAGAACUAAACAAACUACGGAAGGCAGGAGAAGAAGCUGAGCCGUUAACUAUGGAAAAAGUCGUUGACUUAGGUUCCUACCGCUGGAAUGAUCUCUCUGCCCGGUUGGACGCUCAAGUGUGCUGGUCAAAAUCCGUCUCGAAAGUGUUGGAAACGUUGCCAAUCGAUGUUUUACACGCCCACCCAGCUCUGCAGCACCUUUUACAGAAUUUGGUUUCCAACGUAGACGAACACGAUCCUAACGCAAAUGGUUCCGGCUAAACAUUUCCUAAUCAACAUCCAAGUAUUAUGAAAAAAAAGCUCUUUUUUAUUAUUUCUUUUUCUAAUUUUCCUUUCGCCAAGUAAUAACUGACCGUUAAGGUUCAACAACAAAAGAUGUAUCUUUUUAUGUUUUACAUUUUGAUGACUUGAAAAAUAGAACGUGUGUGGUUA